CUCACGCAACCCUGCCGUCUUCUCCCUUCCCCCAGCCAUGACGACGACUUUGCUGGUGGGAUCGAGCCCGGAUGCCCUCGCUACCGAGCUUGUGAAGCGGUUGGGUGCCAUCGCGAAGGAGUCCGUGCUGGCGCGGGGCGUGUUCAACGUCGCCGUCUCAGGCGGUUCAAUGCCCAAGAUUCUGUCGGGCCUUGCCCAAGCCGAAGGCAUCGACUGGAGCAAGACCAGGAUAUUCUUCGCGGAUGAACGCUGCGUCCCUCUGGACCACAGCGACAGCAAUUACAAGGCCUGGGAGGGACUCUUUUCUUCUUCGGGCAUCCCUGCGGAAAACGUGGUAGCUGUCCGGACAGACCUUACCCCGAAGGAAGCGGCGGCAGACUACGAAGCCAAGCUCAGGCAGCAUUUCCCCCCGCCAGAGGGAGACAGCUCGGCAGGGGGCGCCGCCGAAAUACUCCCCACCGCGUCGCCCCCCCCGAGCUUCGACGCCGCCCUGCUAGGGGUAGGGCCCGAUGGCCACACGUGCUCGCUGUUCCCGUCGCACCCUCUCCUGGAGGAGCGGUCUAAGUGGGUGGCGCACAUCGAGGACUCCCCGAAGCCGCCAAGGCAGAGAGUGACGCUGACAUACCCGGUGCUCAACAACUCGCGGAAUGCCAUGUUCAUCGGCACCGGAGAAGGAAAGGCCUCCCUUCUUCCGCAACUCCUCUCCGUCGGGACAGACGGUGCCCUCGAGUCGGCUGGAGAGUCGUCGCCGUAUCCCGCGGCAAGGGUGAAGGUAGCCGAGGGGAGGGCGCUGGCGUGGUGCGUGGACGAAGCGGCGGCGUCUCAAUGCCCUCCGGAGAUCGCGGCGCUAGCGACCAAGUGCUAG